AUGCUUGAGCAUGCUGCCAAUGGGAUAUCUCUUGUCGGGACAGGAAUAGCGUUAGGUAUUUUUCAUGUGCUCACAGGUCCCGAUCAUCUCAGCGCGCUGGCCACAUUGAGUGCGAAUGUAGAUGGCUUGCAAGCUUUCUGCCUAGGAAUUCGAUGGGGUAUCGGUCAUUCGACGGGUCUGCUUCUCGUCGGGGUUGUCUUUAUCUUGAUGACCUUAAAUGGGACGGAUGAGAAUAUAGAAAUCCCUCGUCAAGUUUCCGAGUUCUUCGAAUCGCUCGUCGGCAUCUUUAUGCUGCUAUUGGGCGUGUACGGAAUCCGACGAGCCUGGGAACGACGCCCUAAGGUGUACGGAACCAUAGGAGAAUCUUUAGUACUUGAGGAGUCGCCCGAGAACGUUGAGAUACUUACAGUCUCUGAAUCACACCAUGACCACAGUGAAGCUCAUAGUACUGUAGAACAUGCAGACAGUGCUGAGGGACUUCGUGUCCAGACAACAGCUGUGGAGGAAGAAGACGUGGCGGAAGUGACCCCACUUUUCCCUCGCAUUGUUCGAAGCGUGUCCACGAAAUCAAUGGCGAUUGUUGCUGGUAUUAUUCACGGCCUGGCUGGACCAGGCGGUGUUCUCGGAGUGAUUCCCGCCGUGCAGCUUCACGACGCGAGAUUGGCCACGGUAUAUCUCGGCAGCUUCUGCGCCAGCUCCACCUUGACUAUGGGUGUUUUUGCUAUACUAUAUGGAGGCUGUAGUUCCCGCUUAGCGACUAGGUCUGGAGGGCAUCGGGAGUUUCUUAUUGAAUGCGCUUCGGCAAGCUUGAGUAUAUUGGUUGGAGUUACGUGGUUGAUACUGCUUUCCAUUGGGAAGCUUGAAGAUGUAUUCCCUUAA